AUGAUGCUGUUAACAUCUUCCUCGAUGGACCAUGGCUCAACUUCUAAUAACUCCUUUUUGUCGACAUCAAAACGGAAACGACGCUCGCAUGGUUUUGCAUUUGGAAUGAUCUCUCCGAGUGGGAAGAUGCUUGAAAAUAUGGUAGUUUUCAGACGUCUUGUAAGUGCUAGUGACCAGCAAUGCCGUGGUGGAAGUACCCAUGGAAAUCAACGUAUCGUUAGCUCCCAAUGGCAAUGCAAGGAUGGUGGCAAGGUUGUCUCCAGUAAAAGAAUAGACUUUACAAGAUUCGGAAAAGCCAUACUUGGACACAAAGUAGUGUCCAAUGGUUCCAAUGCUUUUGUGUCCAACAGGAUCCAAAGGACCCAGCUUGUCUUUCAACUCUUGAAUACCGGCUUUGGUUUCGGAUUCUGA